AUGGCUUCGGCUCCGGGUUCGGCCCCUCGUGGGCCGACCAUGUUUGCGAACACCUUUUUGGUUGCCAACCAUGGUCAAGGAGGGCCGUCUUUGAGAGUUGUGGGGCCGCAAGAGGCCCGGAAGAAGAGGCCGCAUCGGUGUGACGAAGGAGACCCGUGCAGGAACUGCGUCAAGCGGAAAGAAACGUGCGUCCGGCCACGAGGAGGAGUGGGAGCGCGGGGGGCUUCAUCCCCACGCUCGAUCUCACAGACCUCUCCUCCCAUGCAGGCGGCUUCGCUCCCGCGUGAGAUGGACGUGUGCCCCCUGUCCGAAUCUGUCAACUUGCUGCAUAUGGAGCUACUGCAUCACUUUGAGCGGUACACCAUCCCCACGCUGCCGUUUAGGCCGGUGUGGCCGGGGAUUAUGCAGUUGGCCUUUCAGUCCCGAAAACACACCUAUCUCAUCAACGCGAUGUUGUCGACGGCUGCAGCCCAUCUCGACUACCUGAACCCGGGUCACGCGCAGUACCACCGGGCCAAGUAUGCCCUACUCAACAAGGCACUGCACGACUACCGCGAGACGCUGUCCGGGCCGGUAACCGCCGACAACUGCGAUGCCCUUCUGGGCACAGCCAACCUGAUUCAGUACCUCAUGUGGUGUGACCUGAGCUUCAUGGAGGGCCAGAUGCCGGAGUCAGCUACAAAGCAGCCGACAAACAAGUGCCCUUACUCAACCGCAUCCUCACCCGGGUCAUCAUCACUAGCAUCACCACCCCACGAAUCCUACUCGGUCUCGUCACUACCACCACCAUCACCGCCACAACCCCUCGACCUAUCCGGUGAUCGCCUCUACUUCCUAUCCACCGGCGUGCGCCAAAUCUUCUUCAUGGCCUGGCCGCUGUUCCAGUCACCCCAGUCAGCCUUCGCCCACGUCAGCCUGCUAGGUCCAUGCAUGCGACUCGAAGACGCGGCCGAAGCGAGGGGCCUAAACUGGCAGCGAAUCAUGGGGGCGUUCAUGGCGAUAUACGACAACCCGCGGUAUAUCGGGGAUCGGGAACCCGACUACAUCAUCAACAACAACGCAGCACCCUACUAUCCAACCCCCCAACCCUCCAGUCCCUCCUACACCUGCACCAGCACCACCCCAGGCAGCUUCGGCAACACCACCAUCGCCGCCAGCACCACCACCACCAUCAACACCACCGACCACGCCACCAGCGGUUCCUUCCUCGAAGGCCUCCUCUCCAACAACCCACCCGCCUCCCCUUGCACAACCGCACCAGGAUCCAACUCAUCCCCCCAACCCUACCACAUCAUGACCCUCUGGGACAGCUACAAGGAAGGCGAAGCCUACGUGCGCAGUGUCGGCUCGGGCCGCCCCCCGAACGAGGCCGCGACGCGGGCGGCAUUCAAACGCCUCGCGACACGGCUAGCUGUGGCGUUGGCCGUGGCGUUGGAUAUUCAGAAAAAUGGGGAUAGCAAAGGGAAAGGGUUGGCAGAGGUGCGGAAGAGUGAUACGGUGCGGUAUGUGUCGACUUUCCCGAUGAUGUGUUUUGGGCCGUUGUUGGCAUUGAUUGGGAGCGGGGACUCGAGGAUGUUGGUGUUGUUGUUUCAUAUUUAUCGGGUUGCGGAUUUGUUGUUGCCGGAGGAGCAGCAGUGGUGGUUGAGGAAGAGGGUGGUGGUUAUGCAGGAGGCAAUUGCGAAGGAGUUGAAGGGGAGGGGGUUGGAGGUGUGUUUGAGGGGGUUGAGUGUGGUGCCGUGA